CUGGGCAAGAUUCUGCGCAGAUGAUCAAAUGGAUUGGCUUUUACGGCUCUAAAGAAAUAGGCUUCAACAUACCCUUAUGAUAUUAUCAUCGCGCAAUCUAUUGAGUUUGAGAGCCCAUCAAUAUGUUUCAAACAGCUAUUAUUUGGUUCAAAACAUGAACUGCUUUUCAAUUAUUUUGUUAUUGAUAGAUAGCUAGCAAAGCAGGUCUUGGGGUUCUGUAACAUUGCUGUAGCAAAUGCCACAUUGUAGCCGCAGCUGCCACUUUAAAUGAUCGCCGAGUUUGUUACCAAAUAUGGCUUUAUUCUGCAAGCUAGCUACCUGCUAGUCCUAACGUGUAAAAACUUCAAAAUAGCUCCCAGGUCUGCGCUUGAAGUCGUCUCGUUACAACUAAACCAGCCAUGCAAUAGAGUGUUAAUAAAACUGCAUGUCAUAUGAACGUAUUUCAGAAACAUAUUUCGCAACAUAUGUCAUGGUGUAACAUAUCUACCUCGACAUGGCAUCAGAUGGAGAAGCUCUGGCCUCUCUUAUCACACAGAAUUGCACAGCAGUGACAGAGGGUAGUUCAAUGGGACAUCCACCUCCUCCACCACCACCAGGACCACCCCCACCGACAGCUGCCUCGGGGCCAAGCAAGAAGAAGCUGUACCAGGCCAUAGCGGCAGGAAAGACCCCUGUCGAGGGGGAUCAUGCAGAGGCCCGGUUGCUGCUCAGUCAGAGGGAGAGCAGUUUCAGGAAGGACCUGCAGUGGAUGCUGUUUAACAAGUAUGUGCCUUCCCUCAUCCAAGACGGCCCACAAUGUGGUCUGGUGGCUCUAUGGAUGGCUGGUCACCUACUACAGCCCCCUCUGAGUGUUUCCAUGGAGGCCGUUGUCCAGACAGCGGUGGACAGGGGCUACACAGCACAGGGGGAGAUGUUCUCCGCUAGUGACAUGGCCAUGCUUGCAGAGGAGGUGUGUGGGUGCAGGGCUGAGCUCCUGUCAGGAGGGAUGAGUGGAGACAACUCUACAGCCGUCCUGAAACACCUGGCUGACGGACAACCCGUCCUCAUCCCAUAUGAUGAGGAUUUCAACCAUGAGCCAUGCCAACGCUCUGGACACAGGGCACACUGGGCAGUGGCCUCAGGUGUCUUGUUGGGUCUGGACCAGGACAGCGUGAGCAGAGAGCACACCCAACCGGACACCACCCUGCCCUGGCUACUCCUGCCCCAGGACAGCCCCUCACGCCCAUGCCCCUGUCCCACUGUGGGGGCAAGAGAAGCAUAUAUCCUGGCCAAGCAGGGCAAGAGCCUGCGCUAUCAGCUGUGGGGCCUGGACAAGGUGGCCCAAAGCAAUGCUCAGCUGAGGGAGAUAGAUCCCCAGAGGGCUGGGGACAGUACCCAGUACGUGGUACCCAAGGGAGGGGUGGAAGUUGGGCUGGCAGGCCAGGUCGUGUUGGUCCACACUGGGAGACAGACCAAGUGAUCAUGGGCCUUCUCUCCUGGUGCACUGCUAUGGUACAAAUUGAGACUCAUUGGCCUGGACACAGGAAAGCAUGACAGUCUAUAAUGCUGGAAGUAGAUGACAUGUUGAAAGGGUCUAAGGAUGCUUUCCAAGGUUGGCAUUCAUUUCUUCUAUAGGACACCGUAGGAUGAUCAUAAGGCAGUUCUUAUCUGUCUACUACUUAUCAGUAUGAAACGUUUGAAUGUAAAGUGGACUUUUGCCAAAUCUGUGGCUCCUCUUAUGGAGCCUGUUUUCCAGUACCUGAACAGAUCCUGUGCCUUACUGAAAUGUUUCAUUCACUUCACAUGGUCGAACGGGGCUGUAAUAUUGCAUACGAUGAGAACCCCGUACCUGCCUGUAUUUAUACUGAUUGUCAAGCAACCCAAGUGCACACAGAAUAAACAUAUGUACUAUUUACUGUUGUCAAUAGUUCAUAUGGUUGAAAUGUGACCAUGUCUAUACAAGCGUUUCUGGGUAUGAUACGUAAGAGUUAGACAUGGUUUUUCCACAAUGUAAUACCCACAGGAAUCAUAAUAUACUGUCCCCUCCAUAUGUAUUUAGACAGUGAAACUAACAUUUUUUAAUUAUACUCCAUUUUGGAUUGGAGAUCAAAUGUAUCAUGAGGUGACAGUACAGAAAGUCACCUUUUGAGAGUUUUCAUACAUAUCUAUUUUACUGUUUAGAAAUGAAAGCUCUUCACCCCCCCCCCCCCAAUAUGUUAAGAAGUCUUAAGUAUUUGGUCAAAGCCACUUCGUGUAUUAAAGAGUCUAGACACUCGGAAACAGUUUUGGGUUGUUUUGCCUACUCGAUUACACUGAGUGAAUUACUCCAAAUACUUAUUACUUCUUGAAAUGGGAGGGACUAGAUACUUAUGUUUUACCAUUUGGAAAUGGAAGCACUAUGUAUGGAAAUACCAUCAAAUAAAGCUGAUAUUCUGUACUAUCACCUAA